AUGCUGCCAAAGCAAGAGGCUGUGCCAGUUUCCACUAGCUUGCUCACGGAUGGGCUAGCGGACGCACGAGCCCUGAUAGACCAAGGGCAGGUGAGACAUGAAGUAUUGGGAGACAAGCUCAACGGCGUGGAUCUUUCACGAGUUAUAUCGAGUGCGAGCGCGAGUAGCACCGUGUCCGGUAUCAGUCGCGCAACGUCGACUUCCUCAAGUUUCCAAGAGCGCGCGGUCGAUUCCCUCUUUUACGACGGUGAGAACGAUGAAGUCUGCGACGAGGUGGUCGCAAAGCUAGACGCAAACCACUGGAGCUUGUCGGAAUAUCUGCCGCCAUCAACUACAACAUCUUCUACUUUCAACAAGGUCUGGUUUCCUGCUCCAACUCCAGCUCCAGCAGAUGGGACCACUGCGGAAGAUGUAGUUGUGGGGCUUCCUCCUCCUCAAUUGAGCAUACUAGAGAAGAUGAAAGUCUUCCUCAAGCACCUACUCGUCAAAUAUUGGAAAGACGCACAAGCAUGGAAAGAGAAGCAUGACCUGUUGGAAUUACAGGGUAGAGAACAAGUAGCUGCUGCACCGGGGGCGUUGAGUAGGAGCAUAUCGACGUUAUCACAAUCACAGCCAGGCUGCAGCAGAACCGUAUCAGCUUGUAGUGAUUCUGGAGGUGGUCCACAUCUUCGACCUCCACAACAAGAUCCCGAAAAGUGGGGAUUUUCCUUACAGAAGUUGGCCGUGUUGAAAUUCAUCGUGGAAGAGAAAAUGCAGGUAGUUUUCGUGCUCAGAGCGUGGCUGCGGUUUCUCCUGAACAACGACGAUGAGGCUUUUGCAUCCUUCGUAGACAAGGAUAUCGCCAACAUGUCACAGGAAAGGAAACUUCAGGAAAUGAGGAGCCUGGUGCACUACACGCGGGAACUAGAUCUACUAGACACAAUGUUUGUGGAAUUUGGAGGGUACUAUGAUAGCCUAUUCAGGAUCUGGAACGGAGGCACCCAUAGUUCUGCAUCAACCGCGUCUGGCUCUUCCAUUGCCGAAACAUUGAAGCAGUUUGCGAGGCAGCUGCACGCGGACGAGUCGGAGCUUCUUGAUGAAGCGAAAUCCAAGUGCCUCAAGUCGAUGUUUACAAAAGACGAUGACGAAGAUCGUCUAUCUCAUGAUGUUGUCCUUGACUCGGCUGAGUCUGCCUCCCUGA